CUUUUGCCAGGCAUAUAGUUUCAGUUUUCCGGCGCAAGUACUCUGUUAAACAGUUGUAGUGUAUGAGCGAUGGCAGCAUCUCAUCUUUUGGAUGAUCGAGAAGAUGAUCGAGAAGAUGCCACGCCCAGUGGCAAUCAGGUUGACGACAAGCCAGAAAACCAGGACUACUCUCGCAUCUCAAAGCCCAGCAGCUCCCAGCUGCCGUCAGAAUGGUGGAAGACGGGAAUCGCCUUCAUCUGGGCCGGAUUUAACCUCGUCCUUACUACCGUCAUGAUCACCGUCGUCAACGAGAGGGUCCCGGAUAAGUCCGUCAGCCCGCCGUUACCGGACAAGUUCUUCGAUUACAUUCCGCGUGUGGAGUGGGCGUUUUCCGUCACCGAGGUGAACGGGAUGAUCCUCGUGGCUCUGUGGUUCGUCCAGUGGCUCUUCCUCAAGCACAGAGCCAUCGUGGGCCGGCGGUUUUUCUUCCUGCAGGGAAUGUUGUAUUUGUACCGUAUAGUGACCAUGUACAUCACAACUCUUCCUGUUCCCAGCAUGCACAUGGACUGCGCCCCCGAGCUCUACAAUGAUUCUCAUGGGAAGAUCAAGCGUGUUUUGCAGCUUUUGUCUGGAGGAGGUUUGUCCAUCACUGGCUCUCAUCUGAUGUGUGGAGACUUCCUGUACAGCGGCCACACGGUCAUGCUGACCCUCACCUUCCUCUUCAUCCAAGAAUACUCGCCCCGCUCGUGCAGAUGGCGUUGCUAUCACGGGUUCUGCGGGUUGCUAAGCGCGACGGGCGUGUUCUUUAUGCUGAUGGCGCGUGAGCAUUACAGCAUAGAUGUAGUGGUGGCGUAUUUCAUCACCUCGCGCCUCUUCUACUGGUACCACACCAUGGCCAACAACCAGGCCUUGAGAGAUUCUCCUCACAACUACCUGAACCGGACGUGGUGGAACUGGGUGUUUAACUUCCUAGAGAAGAACGUUAAGACGCCGGUUCCCUGCACGUUCUCGUGGCCGCUGUCGCUUCCGUACGUGUGCUUCAAGAACCCGUGCAAGAGCUACUCAAUGGUGCAGAGCGCACGGGACGAAUGACGCCACAAAACCCUACACCGGCGAGAUCCUGUGUACUUGAAGCGCAGCUUUUACAUGCCUUUUAAUGUGCGCUUCCUGAAGGCUCAUCACAGUUGAUCUGUAAAGAUUUGCUGCCCGUGGUUUGUUCCUUAUAGUACUGUUUUCACGCUAUACUUUUAGACAUGAUUAAAAUGUGUAUUCUAAUAAUGUUUCUCACUGAAGGAUUACAAAAUGUGUAUUGUUUGUAAUUGUAUCAUUUUUAUUUCAACUUAUCUGUUCAU